UGAGCUCCUUCCACCUUCUUCAGCAGCUCCACACGUGGAAUAGGUUCAUCUGAGUCCCACAGCGACACGUCACACCUGAGGCACAACAGACAACACCACUGUAUGACUACGCCCCUCUAAGCCCCACCUCCCAGAAGUCUGAAGCUGGAAGUGAUGCAGAAAAAAAUUAAAACUGUCUACAGAUGAAAAUUUACCAUGAAAAAAGAUCAACAAUGUCACUAAAACAGGAGUGUAAACACCUUCGUACGGGUCACGUCUCACCUGAGCGGCGUUUCAGUGAGCCGGGAGCUGGGAUGGCGUUACUGACCCUGCACAGACCACCGUCUGUCUCCACAGCGCCGGAUGAAACCGUUGCAAGAAGAGGGAGACUUCAGAAGAGGGAGAGUUUUGCUUUUGUCCGAGGUGCGGUGCUUUUACUUGAAGAAGGAGAGAGGGAGGGGCCACAUGAAGAAGCCACACCCUCUCUGUUUCCCAAUGCUCAGCUUGUGGGCGGAGCUUCUGAUACAAAGCGCAAGCAUUUACAUGCUAUGAUUUCGCUACUGAGACCUGAAGAUUCCGUCAAACUAGCUGUUCGUUUGGAGUCAGUGAGUCCCGUUAGAGUGAGAUAUUUACUCAUCGUUACAACCAACAGCCACAAACAGGAGAGUCUUCUGCUCGGCAUGGACUUCCCAAACGUGAACAGUGAUGACUGCACCAUUGGCCUUGUUUUGCCCAUAUGGAGCGACACGCAGGUGUAUCUGGACGGAGACGGUGGCUUCAGCGUGGUGUCUGCAGAAUACAUGAGGAUAUUCAAGCCUGUCUCUAUCCAGACAAUGUGGUCUGUGCUCCAGGCUCUACACGGCUGUUGCGAGCGGGCGGUGCAGGGAGCCGUGAUCCCAGGCUGCGGUCUGGACUGGGCUCAGCACUACAGACAGUACGUGGAGUCGGACCAGCAGUGUGUGAACGAGUGGAUGGCCAUGACGGGCCUCGAGUCAGUCCGCAAGAACAACAAAGGCCCCAGCACGGAGAGAGAGAGUGUGGAGAGGGAGAUUAAAGCCCAGCUCAGAGACAUCAUGAGGACCGUGGACUUGGAGAACGUCACCUCCAAACAGGUUCGAUCUGCUCUGGAAUCCAAGAUGGGUUUGGACAUGAAGAACUAUAAGGAGUACAUCGACAAUGAGAUGAUGGUCACCAUGGCUCAGAUGGACAAACCGUCCCGAAUCUUAGACUAUCUCUAUCUGGGCUCUGAGUGGAAUGCAGCCAACUUUGAAGAACUUCAGAAAAACAAUGUGGGUUACAUCCUAAAUGUCACCAUGGAGAUCGAUAACUUUUUCCCAGAAUCCUUCACCUACAUGAACGUCCGAGUGUAUGACGUGGACUCGACGGAUCUUCUCUCGCACUGGAAAAACACGUACACGUUCCUUAACGAAGCCAGGAAAAGUGGGCAGUCUGUAUUGGUGCACUGUAAGAUGGGCGUGUCUCGCUCCGCCUCCACGGUCAUCGCAUAUCUGAUGAAGCAGCAGGGCUGGACGUUAGAGGAAGGGCUUAACCACGUGAGAGAGCGCAGACCCAUCGUUCAGCCCAACGACGGCUUCCUCAGGCAGCUCCACACCUACAGCGGCAUCCUCCAUGCCAGUAAACAGCGGCACAGCGCCCUCUGGAAGCGGAAGUCCAGAUCGGAUAUGAUGAAUAAACCGGCUCCGAAACAGAAGGCAGAGAGGGAGGAGGGAGACCAUGAGCAUGAAGAGGAAGAGGAGGAGCAAGAGGAGGAGCAGAGUUCAGAUGAGGCAGAGAGCUCAGAGGAGGAUGAGGAGAGCGAUGUGUUUGUUGACCCAGUGUCUGAUAGCCUCCCUGAUUCAGCAGCAGCAGCAACAAAACCCCCUAUUAUUACUGUCCACGACAGUGACAAGGUGACCGUGAAUCCCAGCAGAAGUGGAAGAAUGGAUCUUUUUUCUCUCAUGCAGUCCAUCCAGCUGGACGAUGAGGAGCGACUGAGCGAUCUAGAAAACGCAGCGGCUCAGAGGAAAUCUCCGGCCCAGAGGAGACGCAGCAGUCACAAACGACGAGCUCUGACUCACCAGAAAGCUCACGUGGACGUUUCUCCCGACCCAAACCGCCAAUCGCCAAGCAGGAAACAGGAAAAUCCAGAACUCAGCACCAGCAAGUAACAAUGAGGAGAGGAGAAAAGACUAAAAUAGAGGAGAGGAAGAACACGCCUUGGCAGCACAUUGAUCCUGAUGGUGAUCAUUUUAAUGAAUCAUUUGAGUAAUAAUAAUGGUGAGAGUUUUUUUUUUUUUUUUUCCCCCCAGUUUGGGAGUUGGUUCAAAAGAACACACACACACACACACACACACACACACACACACACACACCAUGCUGACACUGCAAUACAUAACUAUUCUGGUGUUUCUUGUUUUAAACUGAUGCAGCGUGAACUUUCUUGCCGUCCCUCUGUGCCUUUCUUUCGUCCUUCACACGCUCAGCCUGAGCUGGAUGUUCACACACGCCUCACUGAUUUAAUGCAGUAUUAAAUAACUGGGGAAAGGCAUAAACAUAGGCAUUUCCCAGAGAUGAGAAACAUCCUUGUGGGUUUUUUUUUUUUUUUAAUCUGUUGCACCAGGUGAAAACAGCAGUAACUGCACAACACCGUGCAGCUGUUUGCACUACAAAAAAAUACAGUUAAAAGAUGAGUGCACUUUUAUUUAGCAACAUUAGCAAAGCUAGCCAGCUAUAACACAAAACUGUGCUAAUCUUGCCUCUCUAGCUAUGCAACUUUUUGCUAACAAGCUAGCUAAUGUUAGUCUUGGUAUUUUUUAUAUGAUUUUAAUUAAGUAAUUAGGACCAAGCUAUGUAACAUUAGGCAAGGUAUUACAGCGUAUAAAAAUAAAAGUAGCCAAGGCUGCUAGCAAGCCAGCUAACAUCAGCCUGAACUGCUUUGCAAAUAAAACAAUUAGCCAGACUUGCCUGUGAGUGAGCUAAUGUUGGGCUAAUGGUAAAUUAUACAGUAUGUUGUAAACCUGAGGCUAAUCUGGCUAACAUUUACCAGUCCAACAGUUGUUCGGCUAAACAUUGUGUACACCAGGAGCCAAGUUUGCGAGCAAGCUAGCUAACAUUAAGCUUGCACUUGUGUGUACCAAAUGCCAAGUUCUCUAGCAAGUUACCUCACUAAUAUUAAGCUAACUCCUAUUGUGUGAACCAAUAGCCUGAUGUUAGCUAGCUUGCUAGUGAAUUUUGCUUAUAAAUAAAUUUAGUUUAAUGCAUACAGGCUGCUAACAAGCCAGCUAGCAUCAAUAGUUAAAUUCAGGUUAGAUUAACAAGCUCGCUAAUCUUCAGCUGUGUGAAUAGCUAAGGUUGCUAGCAUGUGCUAUUGUGUGACAGAGAGAAAAUUAGCACUGAUUAAUCGGAGUGUAAAUACUAGUAAAUUUUUCUAUUUUCACCUGGAUGCAAAAGCUUUAAUAAUUAUUUAGUCAACUUUUUAAAUGACCAAGUUCCUUUAGAGAUGUUUUAUUCCCUCAAUUCUAUGCAAUACGUGUAAUUCAUGUUUACUUUUUUUUUUUUUCCCCCCCCCCCCUCUCUCUGUUAGCGUGAAGCUUGAAGCGGACACUUUUUUUGGGUUCUGUGAUCUCAGACUGCCAGUCAAAGGUUUUUCAGCGCCCCGUCUCAAUCUAUGAAACAUCCAGGCUCGUUAUAAACACUCUAAACUUAGGAAACUAUAAGACUUGGAUUCCCCCCACACACACUGGUUUGAGCAGCAGUCACAUCUGCAGGGUUUUGUGUGUUUGAACAGAACCCUGGUGUUCUCUGCCUCGGUGUCGGUGCGGUUCUUUAGUCAGGUCAGAACACAGCAGUCGCACUCGGGUCCGAGUGAGAAGGAUCUGCCAAGUACCAAGGCUCGACUUGCGUACAGGAAGUGUUGUGGUUUGUUUUAAUGCAGCAUUUUUUUUUUUUUUCUCAAUUUUUUUUUUUUUUUGCAAGCUGCUGAACUGAGCCAGUGCACAGAACUGUAGCGCUGCAAAAAUGCUGUGUGUUCUGGACAUUUUGACAAACAAAAGUAGAAAAUAAAACACUGGACGUGAUGCAUGAAGUGUUUUUUUUUUAAACUAGUUAUUUAUUUAAGAAUCAGAUCACGUCUUUGUUUUCUCUGUGGAUGUUUGUGAGUUCUCCACACACUAGGUCAAGGUUUGCUUAACUAUUUUCAUCGCUGUGUUUAUCACUGAAUAUAGUAGUAGUAGUUGUUGUUGUUGUACAGACGUAGGGACGUUUGCAGCCCUACGCACCCCUGAGAGCUGCCUUUUUUUUUUUUUUUUUAAUUAUAUACAGUUUGAAAGCAAACCAAAAAUUGAUUGGACAGUAGGAUCUGAAAAAUUCCUUUCGUCAACACUAGGUUAAUUUAUUUAUUUCCCCAUGACACUUUAUAGUAAUCAGAACCUCCAGGUGUUUAAAAACGUCUGACUGGCAGCAAAAUAUGUGUUGGAAAUUUAUCACUUUUUUUCACAACUUAAAUAUUCUCAGACAGUAUACAGAGAAAUUUAUCUGUAAAUUGUUCUUUUCACAAGAACUGUGGUGGGGUGUUCGGGGGGGGACCACCAUUGGUAUCCUAACGUGAACUUUGACGAAUCGGCUUCAAAUCUUUAAUUUUCACUGAGUUCCUUUGAUUGAUUUUAUAAAGGAAUUAAUGAUUCAAUUGAAUCAUUUAUUUCAGUUACACACCAUUUUACCAAACUCCUAUUUUCAUUUCAUUAUAAUGACUUGGGAGGGGGGGGAAACAAAUCCGCAAGUUGACAAAUAAGACUUGUUGAAUGAGGACAAAAGUAAUGGUACUCUGUAAAAGGAGGCGGAGUUGACACGCUGCAGUGGCUGAGCUGCAUUAUUGGCAGAAUUAGCAGUGUUAAGGAGGUGCUCUUUCACUGUUUGUGUGACUCUUUUUGCCAUAUUUAUGGAGUUCUGUGGGCGGGGCUAGAUGGAACAGUGCCAUGAAUGCAUUUGGUAAUUUUUAGCUGCUUGGAUUUUAUCAACAUGCGCAUGUGAGUAUGAAGAAAAUCAACUCAAUGUUUGUUUGUUAAUCUGGGUGUUAAUUUCUGGAAGACAUUUACACACAACUUUCACUGAAGAAAUAUUUUCAAUGAACUUUAAGUUAGAACCUCGUCCACCAGCGAGGCGUGGCUGUUUUCAUGCCCGUGUUUCACUACUGCUGCACAGAACUGGAGCAUCAAUGUUGCGGUUCUGGACCUGAAAUAAAACCUUCAGAAGUUUAUGUGAAGAGCUGUGAUGUCGGUUUGGGGGAUUGUUACCUGCAGAAUAAAUAAAUGCACAUGCCAUAAGUGAAAUGUGAAGUCUCUGCUGUCGCAGGAUUGCUCGCCUCUGUCUCCGUGCCUUCAGUUUGGACCAAAAUGUCAUGUUUCAGAAGCUUUCAGAUGUUUUUAUAUAAUGAGAUGUGUGUAUGAUUGACCUGUUCAGUUGUGUUCCAGCUGUUGUAUACAGCAUGCUUUACAAUAUAUGAUGCUUUAUGAUGAAUUACAUUACCUGGGUAUUUAUUAUGCGCGAGUCUGUCACUGUAUUUUAUUUCCAUGCAGUAUUUUGUACUGUGCUGUGUUAAACAUGCAGAUGGUUGCCAGAUUGGAGCCAAAGUCACCACACUGAGAACAAACAGCUGGAUAAAAUCCAUAUUGUGCUGGGACAAUGACAGAAAGAAAAAAUCCUGAUGAAAAUGCGAAACAGCAUUCCAAGAAUAAAAGUGCCAUGUUUGUUUCAUUUAAUCCUGAUGCUGUUUUUAUUGAUUGUAAGAUCUUUGAUUGCAUUUCGAACAAGAUAAAUCUAUGUUUAUAGUUCCACAGGUGAUAAAACUUUUUUUAUAAUCUGGCAACCCUGGUGUCUCUAUACAUAUUACCUUUUAUUUGUUUUUGGUUAGUUUUAUCCCUGAUGUAUCUUUGCUGUACUGAAAAAGUU